AUGCUUUUCGAACCCCGCAUAUAUUGGCAGCUGAUGGUGACAAACCCAUACCCUGAAGCGGCAGGGAUUCUACGCACACAAACCUUAGUAGAUGGUGUCAUUGCAGGUGGUGAUUCUGGGGAAGAAGCUUUGAUUCUUCAAAAACAACUUAUCUUGCUGUUGGAACGGGCCGGUUUCGAGUUACGCAAGUGGACUUCAAACUCCAGUCGACUGCUACAAGAUCUAACAGAUGGUCACAUAGAGUCACCGGUAUUUCUUCAAGAUGGCCGACAACCUCAUUUUACCAUACUAGGCAUACACUGGUCAUUGGCUACUGACAGUUUCACCUAUAAUUUGAAUUUACCUCAGAAUUCUAGAACAGAGCGUCAAGUGCUCAGUGUUAUUGCACAGACCUAUGACCCCUGUGGUAUCGUAUCUCCUAUUGUAAUGUGGGUGAAGCAGUUUGUGCAGCUCAUAUGGACUAAAGGACUGAAUUGGGACCAACCUCUCCCGCCUGAACUUCUCGAAAUGUGA